AUGUCCGCAGCCGCUGGAGCACCUCCACCACCGCCGCCUCCCCCGCCGCCCGGUCCACCAGAUCCACCCAACGACAGCAACCCGUUCGAGAAACUCCCCGCCGAACUGCUCCUCAUGAUCUACGAAUACGCAGGUAGCAGAUGCCUGCCAAACCUAGCACUCGCCAUCUACCCGACUCUACAGCGUCACAACAUUGCGCCCGUGCUCACCAUCGACACCCUCAUCCGCAUUAUUCGUAAUCCAAACAGCACCUUCAGUCCAGCAACUAACUCGGCUUUAUCUGUCAUACCGACUGAGCUCUGGCUGCAGGUUGCGCAUUAUCUGGAGCCCGCUGAUCGUCUGUCUAUGAUAUUCGCUCCCUUUGGCCCGUGGUUCAGGGUGCCAGUCACGAGGGAGACGCAGCAUAGGCUGACUAUCUGGAGUCGGAGGUACAGGAAGAAAGGAUGA